CAAAUUCACAAGACUAGGGCUUUCUUCGUCUCUGUUCUAUUUCUGCCCUGCCGUCUGCCUGAUUCCAGCCACCUCCGACAUCCUAGCCAGGCAGCCACCCCCACCGGCGACGCGCCGCCGCAGCAGUCCCGUUCAGCCUCCCAGGCCGCAGGGUCGCACCAGCACUGUCGUCUCCCAGGCCCCAGCAGCCACCGUCGUCUCCCAGCACCAGCACCUCGACUCCGGCGGCCACACCAGCACGGCGAGACACGCCCUCGACUCCGGCGACCACACCAGCGCACGGCUUCUACAGUUCUACUUCUUGAAAGAGCUCAGCAUCAACAGCUUACUUGCUAUAUUCGGUGCCGGAGUCAGAAUCGGUUUCCGGCGGCGAUGGGGGCUACUGCGAGAAAUAUCCGCCCCCCUUUCUAAACAGAGGAUAUUGAGUUGCUGAGGAAUCCAUUGCAGCUGCCACCACAUAUUGGGUACUAUCACCAUCACUUUUCAGUGAUCUGCGAACUGAUGAGGCUAGUCCUUCUCGAGAAAGUCCUCUUCACCUAUAAUAAGAACCGUGUCUCCUCCUUUACUUGUGCUCCUUCACCUCCCUACUCCUACAUUCAAGUACAAACUUAUGUGCAGGCGUAUAUGAAAUGGAAAAAGGACCCCUACUUUGACUCGAUUGAUUCAAUUCACAAGUCCCUUGAACUGAAGCCCAUAAUCGCUGUGAAAAAUUUCUUUAUCACAACAUCCUCCUCGCCACAUGACAAAUAUUCCAUUCCCAUCUCAGCUGUCUCCAAAAAAGGCUCAGAAUUUGAUAUAAGUAUCAAAGUUAUAAGGUUCUUGAGGAACUAUCCUUCUUUCUUUGAGGAGUUUAAAAGUCCUUGUUAUAAUUUACCUUGGUUUAAACUGACUGAUACAGCCAUUGAGCUUGAUAAAGAGGAAAGAUUAAUAUAUGAAGAAUUUAGAGAUGAUAUUUUGGGGAGAUUGAAGAAGUUUAUAAUGAUGAGCGGCAGUGCACAGAUGCUUCCUUUAAAGGUCAUUAAGGGCUUGCGGUGGUAUCUAGGUUUGCCUAAUGAGUUUUUCAGGGAUCCUACUGAGUAUAUCGGAGGUGAUGGCCAUUUUAGGAUUGUGGACAUAGAAGAUGGAUUAAAGGGGUUGGCUGUAAUCGAAAGUGAUAAAAUCUUGUCAGUGAUGCAGCAAAAUGCAAUGAGGAAGGGAAUAUACAAUGGGGGUGCUGAUGAGGCAAUUGCAUUUCCAUUGUUCCCAUCUAAGGGGCUGCGGUUAAAGCAGAAGAUAAAAGAUUGGUCGGAUGAAUUUCAAAAACUGCCGUACGUGUCUCCAUAUGAUGACUACUCAUAUUUGAAUCCGGACAACGACAUAUCAGAGAAACGGGUGGUGGGAGUGAUACAUGAGUUGUUGUGUUUGUUUGUGGAACAUGCUGCUGAAAGAAAGUCGCUUUUUUGUUUGAGGAAAUACUUGGGGUUGCCUCAGAAGGUUCACAAGGCCUUUGAGAGGCAUCCUCAUAUCUUUUAUUUGUCGCUCAAGAAUAAAACCUGCACAGCUAUUCUGAAAGAAGCAUAUCGCGGCGAGAAGGCUAUUGAUUCGCAUCCACUUGCUAAAGUGAGGAGAAGUUAUAUUGCUUUGAUGAAGGAAUCAACAGAAAUUAUGAGGAACAAGAGGAUGAAGAAUACCAAGGCUUCUGAUCAACAAAGUGGAGAUGGAACAUCUCAUCCUACAGAAGCGUGACUCCCUUUUCAGAUCACACUGAAAGUUGAGAGCUUGCAUGUGUGCUUCAGUUGAUCUGAGUUUCAGCACUCUCUCAUUUUGCGUGGGCUGCAAAAUUAAUUUGAUUAUGUUGAUAAUUAUGAUUACUGCUUCUGUGGAAACACGCAGCUACUGGUAAGCUCUACUUGUAGAAACAUGACAAUCUGGAUUGCAUUGAUCAAGGUAAAGAUAUGGUAAACACAUGGGAAAAUGAAUAUGAGUGAUGGCCGCUCCCAACCCUUGGUACAUACUACAGCCCCUCAUCGUGCGACACCAAUCUAUAUCUAUAUCUAUAUAAAAGAAUCUAAGGUACUACUUGUGGAUUGUCUAUUUUACCCCUAUUACAUAUUUUACUUUAAGGUUAUUUUA